AGAGAAGCUUGCGCGAUUGCCAUCAGAGUUCACCAACCCGAAAACCAACAGGUUUCUACUACACCAAUCAAGUGCAGAGAGGGGCGGGAUCAAGGACAGUUCGGACUUCCUGGUUAUAGUUCCCAACAGCAGCAGGAUGAAUGUGGGGGUAGCGCACAGCGAGGUGAACCCCAACACGAGGGUGAUGAACAGCCGGGGGAUCUGGGUGGCCUACCUCAUCCUGGUCGCCGUGCUGCACGUUGUGCUCCUGAGCAUCCCCUUCUUCAGCGUGCCGCUGGUGUGGACCCUGACCAACAUCAUCCACAACCUGGUGAUGUACCUGUUCCUGCACACAGUGAAGGGGACUCCCUUUGAGACGCCGGACCAGGGGAAGGCUCGUCUCCUCACUCACUGGGAGCAGAUGGACUACGGGGUGCAGUUCACCUCCUCGCGCAAGUUCCUCACCAUCUCACCCAUCGUGCUUUACAUCCUGGCCAGCUUUUACACAAAGUAUGAUCCCACACACUUCCUGGUGAACACAGGGUCCCUCCUGAGCGUGCUCCUGCCCAAACUACCGCAGUUCCACGGGGUCCGGAUCUUCGGGAUCAACAAGUACUGAGCCUGCGAGCCCAGGAGGACCCCCAGAGCCUGCUGUCUACUGCCGUGGGACGGGGAGGGGUCUGUGUGAGUAAGGGGGCGUGAAUGCAUGCAUGGAUGGAUGUAUGUAUGUUCUCCAAACGUACGUGUGUGUGUGUGUGUGUGUGUGUGUAUCUGUGUGUGUGAGGUCAGGGUUUCGAGCCCCCUGGUUUUAACAAAGGUGAAAGAGGGGUGGACAGACAGACAGACGGCAGGCUAAACAUCUUCACGUCACGCACAAGCUGGCGCGACAACGUGGACCGAAACACACAGGAGACGGACACACUCUGAAAAGGGAACACAGUAACAACCACAGAUUAGAGGGGUCAACAGUCCCCAUGUUUCUUCAUGUAUUCUCCUCAAGUGUUCACUUCUCAUUGUGUACAGACUUGUUUUGGCUACCAAGCUUAGAUUCUGUAUGAUAAUGCAUCUAUACAGACUGCUCGUAAUUUAGGCCUUCAGUCAUUUUUAAGGAACACUUUUUGCCAAUAUCUAUUUCCUACCUAUUAAUCAUCCUGCUGUGUGUGUAGAAUUCUGUUUUGAAUUCAGUGCGCAACAUUAAUAUGCUUCCCCUCCUGACAGUGUUUGUUGAAGCACUUGUUUCUGGGAUAGCUGUAAGCAUGGCAAAUAAUGAUUUAAGCAGAAACAUCACUAGCAAAUCAUAUGCAUACAAUAUUAUACAUUGUAGAGAAAUAUAGGGGAUACCCCUUUAAUUUCUGUUUGCUGUGAGAAAAUGUAUGUUUAAUUGUAACUACAAAACCAUUUGAAUCUUAGCUGUGUUGUACUUUCAUUGGCUAUAUAGUCUCAAACGUACGUUUUGAAAGAAAUCCAUGUUACAGAAAACAUCUUUAUUUUCAAACCUGUUCUCUUUCUCUGCCUUAUUCUCGGGUUGUCUGUUUGCACUUCCUGGGUCACCCCAGCAGUGUCAUCUGGGUCAUGUUACUGGCUGAGAGCAUGUCAGUCAACAGGGAAAGCAGCUGGUUGGUUAUUGACAGGAAAGAAGAGAGUUGGGGACAAUUAUUCCCUCCAGGUGACCAGGCAAGUGCAACACUAACUGAAAGCAUGGCUUGCAAACAGAGAUUUCUUUACCCAGGUGUUGUACAAGAUGGGUUAAAAUAAAAAAAAAAUAAAAAAAACAUGUUUGCUAUAACUGCACAUUUGAGUCCUACAUAGUAAAUCAAAAUGUACGACAGGUAAGAUUUAUGAAGUCAUUUUGAUAGCUUCAAUCACUUUAAGAGCAGUGCUAGCCUUAGGAGAAAUCCUUGUAUUUGCCAUGUAACACAUUAACUCGGUGACAUAUAUUCAGGGCAUAAGUUGUGAUGCAGUGUGAUGCGGCUCACUCUGCUGGCUGUGAUGUAGUGUAAUGCUCCUCACUCUGCUGGCUGUGAUGCAGUGUGAUGCGGCUCACUCUGCUGGCUGUGAUGCAGUGUGAUGCGGCUCACAGCUGGCUGUGAUGCGGCUCACUCUGCUGGCUGUGAUGCAGUGUGAUGCGCCUCACUCUGCUGGCUGUGAUGCAGUGUGAUGCAGCUCACUCUGCUGGCUGUGAUGCAGUGUGAUGCGGCUCUCUCUGCUGGCUGUGAUGCAGCUCACUCUGCUGGCUGUGAUGCAGUGUGAUGCGGCUCACAGCUGGCUGUGAUGCGGCUCACUCUGCUGGCUGUGAUGCAGUGUGAUGCGGCUCACAGCUGGCUGUGAUGCAGUGUGAUGCUCCUCACUCUGCUGGCUGUGAUGCAGUGUGAUGCGGCUCACUCUGCUGGCUGUGAUGCAGUGUGAUGCGCCUCACUCUGCUGGCUGUGAUGCAGUGUGAUGCAGCUCACUCUGCUGGCUGUGAUGCAGUGUGAUGCGGCUCACUCUGCUGGCUGUGAUGCAGCUCACUCUGCUGGCUGUGAUGCAGUGUGAUGCGGCUCACAGCUGGCUGUGAUGCAAUGUGAUGCGCCUCACUCUGCUGGCUGUGAUGCAGUGUGAUGCGGCUCACAGCUGGCUGUGAUGCGGCUCACUCUGCUGGCUGUGAUGCAGUGUGAUGCGGCUCACUCUGCUGGCUGUGAUGCAGUGUGAUGCGGCUCACUCUGCUGGCUGUGAUGCAGUGUGAUGCGGCUCACUCUGCUGGCUGUGAUGCAGUGUGAUGCGGCUCACUCUGUAUUUGGUGCCUUUAUUUUGAUUACGACACUAUCUUAACAAUCGAGUCUGCAUCACAGCACUUCAUUUUAAACUUAGUUGGCAGAACUAAAAAGCAACACCUGUUAUUGUUACAAACCUUUUCUGUGGGUUAAAGAAAAAAAUUAACUUUAUAAAAUAGAUAUAAAAUGGUAAUGUGCUGAGGCAUAUUUUCUAGUCAUUAUUAUUUUGUUUAGAAUAUGUACAAUUAUAUGCUUUUGGUUUCUACUUCUUAAACAUUUCCAAUUUAACUGACAAACAUAAUUAUUUGACUUGAAAUUAGAUGGAAUUGCCAACAGUGGAUUUGCUUAGUUUUGAUUAGUGAAAUGAAUCAAUAAAAAUCUUUGAAUUGCUUUUUGAGGUUUGAGUUUUAUUAAGCAUGAAAUAAUGUGAAAACUUGACUUACUAUUUGUAUUUAUUUUUGUUAACAUUAUGUAUUUCUGCCGAAAUGGAAACCAAAUAAAAUGAUGUGAAGAGUU